UUUCAGUUGCUGCAGCCCAAGCAAUAGCAGAAGAAAGAAGAAACCAAAGUGGUAUUAGUCCAGUUCCAGUCCAAACAGCAAUAAACAUAAAGACUGCAACUAAACCAGUGAUAGAUGGUUCCACUCUGAGAACAGAAGAGAGACAAAGACUAGCCCGGGAGCGAAGAGAAGAGCGGGAAAAGCAAAAUGCUGCCAAAGAAACACAAAUAUUUGAAAAGGAAAAAAAAGCAAAACUCCAGUAUGAAAAACAGAUGGAAGAAAAGCAGAGAAAGUUGAAAGAACAGAAACAGAAAGAAGAACAGAGAAGAGCUGCAGUAGAAGAAAAAAGAAAACAAAAAAUAGAGGCAGAAAAGGAGCGCUAUGAAGCAGUUGUGCAUCGUACCUUGGAGCGGAGCCAACGGAUGGAAACACGACAGAAGAGGUGGUCAUGGGGAGGGUCUGUAACAUCAGAUUCAGACAGCAAGACUGAGCCACAGACUGCAGAUGAAGGUGGAGCUGCCAACAAACGUUCCACAUCCACAGCAAACCUCAAACAAACAGAAGCUGUCAUCAACAAACGUUUGUCAUCUUCUGCCGCCCUUCUAAACUCUCCUGAUCGGAGUACCACAAAGAGAAGUACUUCAUUAAACAGACUGAGUAACAAAGUUUCUCAGCAGUCUGAGCAGCCACCACCAAAAGGUUCACAGGUGGAACAGAAAGGAGGAACAGAAAAGAAGAGGAGCACAUCUUUGAAUAGAAUGAGUAGUAAACCUCAUUCUUCUAAUGAACUAGAGAAAGUGAAAAAGGAAGAAAGACCAGCUCGUCGCUCCCAGAUCAGUCCUCUGGAGAGUAAUGUAAUCAGUCGCCUCUUCGCCCCCACACAGGCCUCCUUAGCUAGGAGUAAAAGUGCUGCUACAUUAUCGGCUGAUGGACAAGAUCCCUCAGAAUCUCACCUCUGUCCUCGUUCAGCUUCAGCCAGUUCCAUCAGUUCUCCAGUCCAGACUGCUAAAGUGCCGGUGCGCAGCCGUAGCAUUGACAGAUUGAAGACCACUGUAUCUUCAUCUGAUCCCAGGUCUCCGGAUUCUGCACAAAGAUCAGAGACCGAAAAGCAGUCCCCAAGUCCUGCUGGGAGGCGCCCUCCAUCUCCAUCUGUGACAGCUCGUAGAAGAUCUCCAUCCCCUGCUAACGUGGCAAAACGUCCUUCAUCUCCCUCUACAGCUAGACAAAAUCAAAAGGCCCGUCCACCUUCACCUAGCGUAUUGAAACAAAGACCAUCCUCUCCCACUACAGUCUCUAAACCAGCACCUAUUCAACGCCUGCCUCUCACACCAAGUGUUAUGAGUAUUACCAAAAAGAAACCUGAAAUGGAGUGCAAACCAAAGGACAAGAGUGAAGAAGGAUCAGGACAAGAGCAUGGCACUUCUCCAAUCUCUGAGAGGGAAACUGUAGCAAUUGGCACAAAAACCAAAGAAGAAUCUAGUAGCAAAACUAUUCUGGGAACCACAACAGCCGAAGAAGCCGCUAAAAUCUUAGCAGAGAAACGACGUCUUGCCCGGGAGCAAAAGGAGCGUGAAGACCAGGAAAGAAUUCAGAAAGAAGGGGAGGAAAGGAGCAAAGAAGAAGAAAUUGUAAAGAAAACCGAAGAUAAAGCUCAGAAGGAGGAGGAGCUCAACAGACUGGAAGAAGGAAAAAGACUUGAGGAUGAAGAACAGCAAAGACAAGCUGAAGAGGAGAGAGUUUGCAAAGAACAAGAGGAGCAGGAAAAACUAGCAGAGCUUCAGCAACAGAGAGAGGAAGCUGAAACAAAAGCCCAAGAAGAAGCUGAAAGACAACGGCAGGAGCGAGAGAGAAUUAUGCAGCAAAAUAUGCAGGAGAGACUUGAAAGGAAAAAGCGAAUUGAAGAAAUAAUGAAAAGAACUCGGAAGUUAGACCAGAAUGAAGCCAAGAAUGAAGAAAAGUCUGCUAAUGAAGCUGAGGAGGAUGAGGAUGCUGAAGAGGAAGGAGAGCUGUGCUUUGAAAAAGCGCAUCAACCAGUGCUCUUUCUUUCAGAAAAGAUAAAUGGUGUUAACCUUUCUCAAGAAGUGAAGGUGCAGACAGAAUGUAGUUCUGAGUUUGCAUGUGGUUUGACUUCUAAAGAAUCUUCAGUGCAAGAUAUGUCAAAUAUGGAGGCAGAUGAAGUACUUGCGAAUGGAGACGAGCAAGACGUUCAUCAGAGGAAGAAUAAUGGGGAGUCUUUGCAUGUUACACAACUGAUGGGUUACAGACCUUCAGCAAAAGAAAUGGUUAUCCAGAACUCAGAAAUAUUGCACGUUAAUGAAGCUGAUCAUACGAUUGAACUUAUACAAAAUCUCAAUGGAAAAUCUAAUGCAUGGACUUUUGAAGAAAUUAUUGAUCUUGGAGUACAUGCCAAGUCUACCAAACUAAGUUCAGACAGCAUUGCUGCUGAUAACUGUAAUCAAAACUUGAAUGAUGUUGCUACGGUUCCCUCUAGUCCAAAAUUGGCAUUUGAGGACGAUGGCACAGUGAAUUCCUUGACCAAACCUUUAGAGACUGCCUCAGAACUGUGAACACUAGAGUCCUGGAAAUAACCUGAUUGCACUUCAGUAAUCCAGUGUUUUAUCAAGUACCGAAAGCCUUGUUUUGAGAAGCUGCUUGUUAACCUUUACCUGUCUUCAAGCUUGCAAAAAAGACCAGCAGGGAAGGGACAAUAAACGUCUAAAUUUGCACCUUGGAAACUUUCAGGAAGACUUCCUUGCUGCUGUUCCUUUUCCAUUUGUUUAGCAGACUAUUGGACAAGCUUUGCUUGUGAAAUAUUACUUUCUCUUUUUACAAAAUCUCCACUAACCUGUCUCCAGGUCCUCAUAUUUUCAUGUUAGUGCGAUGUACCGUCCCUGUGUGCAAUUGGAAAUGUACCAGCUGACCACUGGCAAAUAUUUUUGCAUAUUUAUGAAGUGGCAGUUGGCAAAUUUAAAAUAAUGUUAUGCAUUCUGUGCAUAUUAAAACCAUAUCCCAUUUGUGUUAUUUUCCUAUGAUAUCUUUGUACAGUUGAUGAUACUAAUAGGAUAUUUAAGAAAAGCUAAAUUGCUCACUUAUGUCUUUGAUCCAACACUGGGUUAAGAAACAGUUUUGGAUUAUUUCUAAUACGAAAAUAUAGGUAGUCAAAAUACAGUAUUGUACAAUCAUUAAUACAUUUUAAUGUUACUGGAGCGUCCCAAAAUUUUACAAUAUGUGAGUAUGUAUGCACUAAUAUACUGCGAAAAUGUUGAGUACCUAAACAUGUUUGUUAUAGUGCAGUUUAACAUUUGUCAUGCUUUUUAAAAUGUUUUCAUUGGAAUGACAUAUUUAAGUUUAUCUACACUCAUGUAAGUAUUAUGUUGUUGUGUACAUAACAGUAUUAGGCCAUUUCAGUCAUGGUCUUUGUUCAUGUUAAUUAUUCUACAAGUUCCUGUGCUAGCUUCAUAACAAUGACUGCAGAUAGCAUAUAUGUUCCCUUGCCUGAAGGCUGCAUAAAGUAAUUUAAUCUAUAGUUACUUGCUUUUUACAGCAUGAAGAGAUGAACGGAGUAUCUUUUGCAAAUGGCUGCUACAAAAAGUGUAAGUGCAGUCCUGUUCUUAUGCCCAUCUGUAAGAGAGUUUACUGUAUAAGUGGUUUCUUUAAAGAAUUGUUUUCUCAAACCCUGAUUAAAUCUCUUAGCUGACACUUCAGUAACAAUAAUCUGAAUGCAGCUGCAUUUUCAAUAUUUAAUUGCAAAUGUUUUUGCUGGAACUAAACAUAUUCCUUUUCUGACACCAUAGUUAAAACAAGAAACUCUCCUCCUUCCUUUUUUCUCAACCCCUUGCUAUUCCAGGUAUAGUAGAACUGUUUUAGACUUAGAGCAGUGCCUUAGGUAAGAGAGAAAAAUGUAUUUUUGUAUAAUAGCUGUUUCUGGCAGAGACAAUCAUUCUAACAAACAAGAUGCUGAUAUUUUUUUCUGUGCAGAUGUAAUUUGUUGAAUGCUCUGUUACAGCUGUAUGUAAAUAUAUGUGCACAGUUAAAUAAACUUUGCAGUUGAACAAUG